AUGGCAGGUGGCGCAUUCCUGUUCUCGCUCCUCCUCAUCUCCUCGUGGACGAGCAUGAGAGCUCUGCCCAGAGGAGAAGAGGUUGCUCUCGAAGGUGCUCCUUGUGAUGGCACUGGAAUCGAAGAUUGUCAGAUAGUGAAAAAGUUUGACCCCAAGGCGAUCUACUCCAGCGACGCCAACAUUGACCUCGAACAUCCUAACAGAAUUGACUUCUAUGGAGACAUGUUCCAGAACUUCCCUAAGGGCGAAGACACCUUGCUCACGAAAGUGAUGAAGCUGAAGAGAAAGCUGGCAAGCCUUGCAAGGAAGCAGAAGAUGUUCAUGGACAAGCUCGAUCGUCCUCCUGCCGUUUCCGUCGAGGUCCUUCCUGGCGAGCCCGGUAGAACAGGACCAAGAGGAGUAAGAGGAGUUGUGGGCCCGCCAGGGUACAUGGGACUGACAGGACCGAUGGGCCGUCCAGGCUUGCAGGGCAGACCAGGAGUUCCUGGCGACAUGGGCCCCAUGGGCCUCCCUGGGCUACCUGGCGACCAGGGAGAUCGAGGCAGGACCGGCGUCCCCGGCAUCCAGGGACCUCCGGGCCCGCGAGGUCUCGUCGGCGAACCAGGACAGAAAGGAGACAAUGGACCCCCAGGGUAUCCGGGCGACAACGGUCCAGCUGGUCUUCCAGGUCAACGAGGAAACCCGGGCCUGCGCGGAGACUCUCCACGAGGACCUCCGGGAGAUCCUGGCACCCCUGGUGCUCGAGGCCUUCCUGGACCCAAGGGCCCCCCUGGUGCACGAGGACCCCCUGGUCCUCCUGGAAACGUCGGGCCCCAGGGAGACAUCGGAGCCCGGGGUGCCCAGGGUCCCGCAGGCAAGGACACCGACGUGAUCAGCGCUAACAUGUGUCCCGGGAUCCGAGAGGAAUCGAAGAAACACGUGUGCUGCGGCACAUCUAAUGUGGCAUGGGAAGACUUCAAGACAUACGGCACGCUCAUCGACGUCAACACAGACCGGUGCAAGUUCCUCAAUGACGAUGUGAUGUACUUCACCAGCGUGUCUGGCAACAGCUUGAUCGGCGGGUUUGCCGGGGUGGGCAGCAUCCACGACUCGAAGAAGGACAGCUUUCGUAUGUACGUGAUGGCGCCGGCGAAGACCCGACAGGCGUGGGAGGUCAACUCCAACCAGGUCAAGGUGCAGUGGUGCGGCGUGGGCGAGUCCACUGGGCCUCAGGAAGUCGGGCUUUGCUGCGGGCUGACCUCCCCCAAUGACUGGUCCAACGACAACGCAGGGAGAAGCAUCCAAGUCAACAUCAACACGAAGGCUUGUCAGUUCGGAGGGAGCCCACAGUACUUCAGUACGCUGAGCGGCAUGGGCGCCGUGCAGGACACGGUCGGCACCGCCUCCAUCUACCCGGGAUCCGACCUUCCUAAGAACUCGUUCCGCUCCAUGAUCGGGGGCCUGAGCUCGUACCUUGACACCGUCUCCAAGGCGAAUGCCCGAGUGAACAAGUGGCAGCUGGGAUGGUGCGGGAUCGGGUCCGUGUUCCCGACCGGAGACAUGCUCAUCAACCGCAAGGAGAUCACGGCGGCCGAGUACCCUUGCACGGGAGUACGACUGGUGUCGGGGAGCUCGGUAGCGAGCAAUGCGGCGAGGGCCUGCUGCGGGAUAUCGGAGGGCCAGUGGAAGUCGGACUCGACCAACCUCGUCUACGAGUACGUCGACACGUCAUCGUGCAACUUCAAAGCCAGCCCGGCCCCCGUCUACCUUACGAGCCUCAGGGGCACAGGCAAGCUCUUCGAGAUGGGAGGGGUAACCUCCGUGUACGACCCGUCAGUCAAGGGCUUCACGACCAAGCUGAUGCUCAGCUCGGUGUCAGGAAACAUGGAUGUAGACAAGGCGAAGCAGUACAGCCUGCAGGUACAAUGGUGCGGCUUCGGGGAGAAGGCCUAA